GAUCUAAAUCUGGAAGGAAUUAGAGGAGCGAGUUUUACAGAAGAAGAAGAUGGUCGCCUUCAAUCGGGCUCGAGCGGAGAUUGGGCGCCAGCUCUGGCUCGUGCUGCCGAUGAUGGGCGUCAAUUCCAUCGCCACUUCCUUUUGCACCAUCUCGGGAUUCAGUAUCUUCUCUAUAAAUUCGUAGUGAGUUCUUCCUCUUGUUCUUUAGCCAAGUUUAUCACUGUUCUUCAAAGUUUGCGAGCUUGCAUUGGUCUUCUUCUCUGUUUGAUUGUUUUGCAGCUGGAACUGGCUAGCGCUCUGGAAACUCUUUGCGGCCAAGCCUAUGGAACCAAGCAAUACCACACGCUGGGAAUUCUUCUUGAUCUCGCUACCAUUUGCUCUUUUGUUCAACAAUGUGGAACCCUCAAGGCCGGGACCUACGCCCGCUAUUUGAUCCCGGGAUUGCUAUCCUAUGCUUUGAUCCAGCCACUCAUGAGAUUUCUCCAGAUCCAUAGCUUCGUGGUUCCAAUGCUGCUCUGCUGGAUCAUGAUCCACAAGCUGGGAAUUGGACUCAGCAUUUCCUACUGGAUAAACGCUGGAUUGUUUGUGCUCUUGGUGGCUUUCAUCCCUCGCUGCCAGCAAUGUUGGCCCGGAUUUUCCACCGAAAUGUUUCGAGACAUCGAAGUUUUCUUAAAGUUGGCAGUUGCUUCAGCGAUCAUGUCUGUUCUUUUCAGGACUUCUGCCAAAUCCCCAACUCGAGGCAUCGGUCUAUUCGAUCAUCCAGUUUCUCCUUACAUUCUUAUUGAUCAGAGUUUUCAAGUAUUUUUUCAUAGUACACGAAUUUCCAACGAGCUUGGAGCUGGCCAUGUUUCCAAUGUUUGUGCAGUUUUCAUUCGUUGUCACGCUUGGUCUCGUGCUCGUCAAGGCUACGAUAAUGGUGACGAUCUUGUUUUUGGCUCGCAAAGAAGUCGCCAAAGCUUAUAG